AUGGCUGUCUUUAAUAAAAUAUUUUAUAAUGUCAUGGGCAAGCCAACGACUCCAGCAAGAUUGGUAAAAAACGAACUUGCAGAUAAAAGUGUUGCACCGACUCACCGACUUACACGAAUGAAACACUUCCAAUGUCAAAUUGUUCCUAACGAAAUGCGUUUCUCAAGUGUAAAUGACGAUUUGCACACAACGAUCAAAAACCAGUAG